UCUGUCUGACAAGUGUGGAGAAACGUGCUCCACAGUUAUCGUCUGCUAAGUGUUGUUUCAUUUUGCUGAUAACGAGACUUCUCUCGUUCUGUCGUUCUUUACAUCGUAUACUUGUGCCUGAUCGUUGAUUUCGGAAUCGCUGCAUUUAUGUGGACAGGCGCGAUCGUUUGAAUCUCGACAUUUGUUUUAUAACUAUUGUUAGUUUAGAGUUUGCUUGGCUUUUUCCGCCAGAAUUUUAACCUCUACAUAAUUGUACUUCAAGACUUUCCCGAUUUCGCUUUUUAUAUCCAUUAUAUAUGUGUACAUAACAAGUGUAUAUGUGCCUAUUAUAGACGUGCGUUACGCAAGCCAAUUACGUCAUCGUAUAAUUUUUCGUAAAAUCACGAACGAAUUUCAAACGAUCCGAUAUAGAAAAUAAGAAAUACACCGAGCGGUAUGUAACGAAAACGCGAAUUGACAGUCGUCUUGGGAUCGCUCGAGCGCGCUCACGAAAGCUCCACCAUCACAAUGUCGAAGGUAGCUCAGUUCAUCAGGACAGUUUUCGACGCUACGAAAAAUUCAAACUGCUACGGUCGCUGCCUGAAAAAGGUUGAGCUGAUCUCGGUCGAGGAUGGCAAGUGCAAAGCCGAAUUGAAAGUCGACGAGGAGCAUCUGAACUACGGCGGAACGUUGCACGGAGGCUUCACCAGCACCUUGGUCGACUGCAUCUCAACUUACGCGCUCAUGAGCCACAAGGCAGCGGUGCCCGGCGUCUCCGUCGAUCUCCACGUCACAUUUCUGAAGGCAGCUUUUCCCGGAGACGUAAUAUCGAUAGACGCCAGAACCAUCAAAGCCGGCAGGACACUGGCUUUCCUCGAGGUGGAAAUAACCAAAAAGGAUUGCGGCUCCAUCGUUGCUCGCGGAGUUCACACCAAAUUCAUCGGAGGCUCUUCGUCUUAGGCUUAAUAUAUAAGUUUGUUGAAAAAAAACUAUUGUUAUUAUUUUGUGUUUAGUGAGCAUCUGUCAUGGCACUUGAUUGUAUUUAUUUUUUCGUUUGUACUGUCUGUUCAAAAGCAACACACGCUCUGAAUAGCGAAUCUCAUUUACAUAGCUAAUAGAAUGCAUUGUUACAAAGUAAGACUUAUUGAGUCGAGGCCGCGAGAGCACCUUGUACAAUGAAUGCUCCAAUUGAGAAAUAAAUAUUUAUAAUCAACAA